AUUACAAAAUGUUAACAAUAUUAAUAUUGGUAGUUACAGUAUUGAUAUGUCUUGUUCAUGUGGUUAUGGAGUUACUAUCUUUUUGUUUAAUUAUCUACUGCAAUACAGUGCAUUUCCCUUAAGUCAGUUGUGUAAGACUGUGUUUUCCUGACAUCUUCAUCUGGCCUUUACAGAUCAUUCUGAGUUAAUAAUAUACUGAAUAUUCAACACUGAUGGAACAAUUGUGCAACAAGAUUGAAUAAAAGAAGAAGUCAGGUCUCCACACAGCACACAUUUGGGAUAACAACUAUCCAGUAGGACAAUUCAUCAGACACUUGUGCACAGAGACGUGACGUGUUGUGAAAACAUGAAGACUGUGAUUCUUGCUCUUCUGGUGUUGCUGGUCAUCAGUCAGGGUGAAGCCUUGAGGUGUCACUGUGUACGCGAUCGAGACUGUUCAGGCCCAAUACAGACCUGCACUGGACUAACCGAUGUCUGUUACUACGCCGUCGCGUAUAUACCCGAUCUCACCGUAGCCAAGGGUUGCAUACCAGCAAACGAGUGUAGGACUAUGAGAUUUAGUGAUCAUGUCGUAUCUUCCGGUUGCUGCAGGGGCGAUCUGUGCAACAAAUUUGGAGAAUAAAAUAAAUGAGAAUCAUCAUUAUUAAUAUCAA